UCGGAGAUUCUCUUCCGCUUGCUGAAGCCGGAUGAUGACGGUAUGAGAACCGUUGUGCGGAGCAGACCCGCCCCGGCGGACGACACCCCGGCGGGCAGCUUGAUCGAGGAGCCCAGCAGACUUCACGACCCCCCGGCCGUGGACGUCCACACGCUUCAGAAACUUCUCGGGCACGCCUACGAUAAGGAGUACAUGUCUCACACCGAUCCGACACGUGCACCCGCUCAGAAAAGUUUUCCCACGCUAGUCAACGGCAGAACCAAAGGACAACGGCCGAGUUACCUGAAACUUGUAAGACGAGCGAGGCUGCAGGACGGCUCGAGGCUGAGGCUCCACGUCAGCAAGAAAUCCAUCCGCAAAAUUGAGAACUACAUCUGGGCGGUGACGUCGUGCCCCGUCAUGCACACCUGGAAAAAUCUGGGCCGCCGGUUCUGGCCCCAGUGGAUCAAGGAAGGGCGGUGCUCCAAGAAGAUCUCGUGCUCGAUCCCAAGUGGCAUGCACUGCAACCCCAGCGCCACCACUUACAAGACAAUCCUGAGGUGGCAGUGCCAGGAUUUUGUCAGGAAGACCCAGUGCGACUGGAUACAUAUUAAAUAUCCGGUCAUCACUGCCUGUGCCUGUUCGUGUUAA